AAAGCUGCAAUACAUCUGUGAAGGAUGCGAGAGUCAGUAAGAGGAAGGCCGCCGCCAAUGAUGAAGGACCAAAGAGAAAAAAUAAAAGGAGGCCAGACCUGGAGAAGACCAGACAGUCUGUAGAUGCCUUAAGAGCUGAAUUUGAGGCCAAAUACAAACAGCAGGAUCAGCUUGGUGAAGGAGGAUAUGGAACUGUCUUUGGUGGCUAUCGCAAAGCAGAUAAUCUACCUGUUGCCAUCAAACACAUUGCCAAGGAGAAAAUUGGCUGCAAACACGUGGAUGAAACUGGGAAGCAGCUGCCCAUGGAGGUUGUCAUCAUGUUGAAACUGGCGGACAAAAGAAGUAGAUCAGUGCGGAUGUCAGCACCCGUGUCUCUAUUGGAGUGGUACGAUCUGGACCAGGAGGUGAUCCUGGUGCUGGAAAGACCGAUCCCCGCUGAGGACCUAUACGACUACAUCAACCACAACGGAGGCUCCUUAGAAGAGCAGGAGGCCAAGAUCAUACUAAAACAGCUGGUAGAUGCAGCAAUUGACCUUGAGGAGAAAAAGAUUUUCCACCGGGACAUUAAGGCUGAAGACAUCUUGAUUGAGACCAGCUCGGACGUCCUGCGAGUUCGCCUCAUUGACUUUGGUGUGGGCUGCUUCAUCAAGAGAGGAGCCUGUUAUCGCAAGUUAUACGGUACCCCUGAUUUCAUCCCAGAGUGGUUUUCUCUUGGUAGGUACAGAGCCGGACCCACCACAGUGUGGCAGAUGGGAGUGGUCCUCUUUGAUACACUCCACAGUGAUGCAGCUUUUGAGACCACGGAGUUCUUGAAAGACCGUGUGAGAAUCAGCGAGACGCUGUCCGAAAAUUGCCAGGAUUUCUUGCAAAGAUGUUUUAUCACAGACCCCAAACAGUGUCCUACCCUGGAGCAGCUCAGAACUCACCCAUGGCUCAAUAAUACUAACACUACACACAGACAGACAGACAGUUUUAUGUACUGG